AAAUUUGGUGAGGAUGAUUUUGACCAGGAAAGCGUGUCAAAUGUUCUAGAAUCAUUUGUGUGCGAGGUGUAUGCCAGGAAUAGCAAUUGCCGAACAUUUGGGGAACUGAGAUGGGAACUAUUCAGAACCAAGAAUCUUGAGUCGGAAAAGUUGCCACCCACUCUUGGAGCACUGACACCGCACAUUCAGAAAGCCAAUGCUAUAUCGGCAAUCAACAAAGGCUACAGAGACCCACGCCCGCAAACACCACUACUGACUGAUAAUGGAUGGGAGACAAUAUCCGAUGGCACAAUUUCUCCAAAGAAAUGUCUUGAACCACCUGCACCUGAGUCAGUUGAAGUCAGCUUGUCAAGUGUGGAUGUCGUAGUGAGUGCAGUACAGCUCGUUGUUUUUGCCACAAGAAUAACUUACCCUGCACACCACUUUGCAAAUGUGGUCACUGCAGCAACGCUAGUGACUUUGACGUACCAGAUCAGGAUGGAGACAUUGAUGAAUAAACAGGAUAGAUGGACAUAUUAA